GGUCUCGUGAACCCGGGGCGGUUCCAGUUUCAGAAUUAAAGAGACGAAAGGGAGCCGGGGUCGCGUGGCCCCUAUGGCAAGGCCCCGGGAGGCUCCGAAAGAGGACUCGCUCCGCGGGCGGGCACUGGGCGUGGAGCCAGGCAGAGCGGGGGUGGGGGGCCACUGGGGCCCCCAGGCCCCGCAGCGCCCACCCCGCGCGGGAGACCCGCGGCCCCGCCCCCGCCCCGGGAACGCCCCGCCUCGCGCCCUAGGCCCCGCCCCGCCUCGCGCCCUAGGCCCCGCCCCCCUCGCGCCCUAGGCCCCGCCCCCGGAGAGCCAGCCCCGCCCCGCCCCACCUCCUUGGCAACCAGAGGGACGCUUUCCCCUUAGCAACCAGUGCUGCCCCCAGCAUGGCUGAAGAAGAGGAAGCCACGGAGAAAGUUAUCCGGAUCCAGCGGGUGUUUAUAAACCUGCUGGAUUCAUACAGCAGCGGGAACAUCGGGAAGUUUCUGUCUAACUGCGUAGUCGGGGCUUCCCUUGAAGAAAUUACAGAAGAAGAGGAAGAAGAAGAUGAAAAUAAGUCAACCAUGCCGGAAGCCUCAUCAGCCAAACUGAAGGAAGGCACCUUCCAGAUUGUGGGCACGCUCUCCAAGCUCGAAAGCGUCCGGCCCAACUUUGCCGUGGAGACAUACAGUACCAUCUCUCGAGAAGACCUUCUCAUGCGCCUCCUGGAGUGUGACGUCAUCGUUUAUAACAUCACUGAGAACCCACAGCAAGCAGAGGAGGCCAUCUGGGCAGUCUCUGCACUGAAUGAAGAAGUCAGCCACUUUGAGAAGCGCAAGGUAUUUAUUUUAGUAUCCACGGUGAUGACCUGGGCACGAUCCAAACCCCUGGACCCUGAUGAUUCUGAGAUUCCAUUUACUGAAGAGGAUUAUCGAAGAAGAAAACACCAUCCAAAUUUUCUGGACCACAUAAAUGCCGAAAAAAUGGUUCUCAAAUUUGGAAAAAACGCCAAAAAAUUUGCAACUUACGUGGUUGCUGCCGGACUUCAGUAUGGAGUAGAAGGAGGCAUCUUACAUUAUUUUUUUAAGAUAGCUUGGUUGGGUGAGGUCCCUGCAUUACCCGUGUUUGGAGAUGGAACAAAUGUAAUUCCAGCAAUUCAUGUUCUUGACCUAGCAGGAGUGAUACAAAACAUCAUAGACCACGUGCCGAAGCUUCAUUACCUGGUUGCAGUGGAUGAGUCUGUUCAUACCCUGGAAGACUUGGUCAAGUGCAUCAGUAAAAAUACUGGCCCUGGGAAAAUCCAGAAAAUACCCAGAGAAAAUGCUUUCCUAACCAAGGACUUAACACAAGAGUGCCUUGACCAUUUACUGGUCAAUUUGAGAAUGGAAGCACUUUUUGUGAAGGAGAAUUUUAACAUUCGAUGGAGUGCCCAAACAGGAUUUGUGGAAAAUAUCAACAAUAUCCUCAAAGAGUACAAGCAAAGCAGAGGACUAUUGCCGAUCAAGAUCUGCAUUCUGGGUCCUCCUGCUGUGGGAAAAUCCAGUAUUGCCGAAGCCUUGUCUAAGUAUUACAAGUUGCAUCACAUUAAAUUGAAGGAUGUUAUUUCCGAAGCCAUAGCGAAACUGGAGGCGAUUGUCACACCUAAGGAUGAAGGGGAAGAGGAAGAAGAAGGUGAGGAGGAGGAAGAGGAGGAGAAUGUGGAAGAUGCACAGGAGCUCUUGGAUGGCAUCAAAGAAAGCAUGGAGCAGAAUGCAGGCCGACUAGAAGAUCAAUAUAUAAUUAGAUUUAUCAAAGAAAAGGUGAAAUCUAUGCCUUGCAGGAAUCAAGGUUAUAUUUUGGAUGGAUUCCCAAAGACCUAUGAUCAAGCUAAAGACCUGUUCAAUCAAGAAGAUGAGGAGGAAGAAGAAGAAGUCAGAGGCAAAAUGUUUCCCUUUGAUAAACUAAUCAUACCUGAGUUCGUUUGUGUGCUGGACGCCUCGGAUGAGUUCCUGAAGGAGCGGGUGAUGAACCUUCCUGAGAGCAUUGUGGUAGGGACCCAUUACAGCCAGGACCGCUUCCUCCGGGCUCUGAGUAACUACCGGGACCUCAAUACUGAAGAUGAGACUGUCAUCAACUAUUUCGAUGAGAUUGAAAUCCACCCAAUACAUAUUGAUGUAGGAAAACUUGAAGACUCUCAGAAUAGACUUGCCAUCAAACAGCUCAUCAAAGAGAUCGGGGAGCCUCGAAAUUAUGGUUUAACGGAUGAAGAAAAGGCAGAAGAGGAGCGGAGGGCUGUGGAGGAGCGGCUGGCCAAGGAGGCAAUGGACGAAGCAGAACGGGAAGCCAAGGAAGCCGUGGAGUUGGCCGAGAAGAUCGCUCGCUGGGAGGAGUGGAAUAAACGACUAGAGGAAGUGAAAAGAGAAGAAAGAGAAUUACUAGAGGCCCAGUCUAUUCCCCUGAGAAACUAUUUAAUGACCCACGUUAUGCCAACACUGAUGGAGGGGCUGAAUGAGUGUUGUAAGGUCAGACCGGAUGAUCCCGUUGAUUUUCUGGCAGAGUAUCUCUUCAAGAACAAUCCUGAAAUGCAGUGAAACUUUCAAGAUCGUGUGUGAUAUACCUUUACAGAGAUAGAGAUGAGGUUAACAGUGUAAUUUGAAAAUUUGCUUGAAAAAAAAGUUUUUCCAGUUUUGGGGAAAUUCUUUGUCUUCCCCACAGGCAAAUACUUUGUUAUUUUUUCUUAAUACUUUGUAAUUUUUUUUUGCAAAUACUUUAUUAGGUAGAGUCAUUAUAAAAAGCUGAUGGCAAUGAGUGACUUCAUUAAAGAACUUUAUUUGAAAGGUAAAUUGAUAAAGUAUCUGUGCCAUAAACUAUGGUUCAUGGGACAGAUAUUGAUUUAAUGUUUCAUUCUUAGUCAAAGUGUUCUGUGCACUUGGAUUUACAGUAAUUUAUAGCAUGAAGAAAAUCAGACUAUAUAUGAUUUGAACACGUAGGCUAAUGACUUUACACAGUCUGCUAUUGCCAUGUGCCAAUGGGAUCAGAAAGAAAGGAAAAUGGUUUAUGCUUUGUUGACUCACACUGAGUCAGAUGUCAUUGGCUUCCACUAAGUUAAGUUUUGAGUUCAGGGUCAGUACCUUAAGCGAUGAGUCAGAGAGGGAAUUGUAAAACUUUUGGUAGAAAAAAAUCCCGUAACAAAAUGAAUGAUCCUAAAUAUUUGGGAUAACUAAAAGUUGAAUAUUUUCAACAAACUUUACAAUAUAGGCGUAAGCCAUCAAUCUCUAUGGUCUUUCCUAGCUUGAAAAAUCCCAUCAUUUCUAGAAUUACACUGAAUGAGAAAUUACCCUGAGUGAAAAAUAUAUUAAAAUCUAUUCCAUCUCUUUAAAUAAUGUAAUCUGAAUAUAACUGCACUGUUUUUUUUUAUUAUUAUGGUAAAAUACGUACAACAUAACAUUUACCAUUGUGACCAUCUUAAAGUGUAAAAGUCAGUGACAAUAAGGGCAUUCCCUGUGUUUGUUCCAUGAAAGGGAGUUAAAUGCAAAACGACCUCCGAAGGCUGAGGCGGCAGGAAGACCAGAGAAAAAGGCUGACAAAUCCAGCUUGACAAGAAAUGGUUUAUUAAGGAGACUUAUGAACAGAAGUGUGUCUCAGGGUAGCCCCAAGACGAGUAGAUCCCCGAAACCCCACCCCCCACCCUUAAGAGCUGCUUUUAUUGCUCUAGGGGCUGGGAAUCCACCCAAUGGGAGAAUAAGGUGUGUGUUGAGGCAGCUGGGUGGCUCAGUCAGUUGAGCAUCUGACUCUUUGAUUGCGGCUCAGGUCAUGAUCUCAGGGUUGUGAGAUCGAGCUCCGCUGGGUGUGCAGCCUGCUUGAGAUUCUCUCCCUCUCUCUUCGCCCCCUCCCCCUUUAAAACAACAAUAACAGAAAGAAUAGGUCCUAAUUCCAGGGCACAUCAAGGACCUUAUGCCCUAAAGGUACACGUAAGGGUGUGGUUAAACAAAAGGAAAGAAUGUGAGGGAAGGACUGAGCUUGAGAAGGCUUCAGGUCACAGAGCUGUCCGCCUGUCAGCAGUCAGCCUUUGCCCAAGAUGGCAUUAGUCUGGUUCACACAGUGCGGGAUACUCAUCACCACUACCUAGUUUUAGAACCUUCCCAUCACCCAGAUGGAAAUCCUGUCCCCCAUACUAUCCCUUCAACCCAGCUCCUGGCAACCACCAAUCUGCUUCCUGUCUCUACGGAUUUGUCUCUUCUGGAUAUUUACAUAAACAGAAUCACACAAUAUGUGGCCUUUUGUGUCUUCUUUCACUAGCAUGUUUUUAAGGUUCAUGCCGUAGCGUGUUAUCAGGGCUUCAUUCCUUUUUGUGGCUGAAUAAUAUCUCACCACGUGCUGUUUAACCAUUCAU